AUGUCACAUUGAGCAUUCUUCCAUGGCUGUCGAAAACUCCUCUCGAUACCAACUCCACUAACCCCACCAAGCCCAUCCACCACAGCCACUUUCCGUCGUGGACUUUCAGUGUUUUCGAACGCGUCGCUACUGUUUGGUAAAAAAGAUCGAGUCGUAGUACGACUCAACGUCAAGUCCAGCAGCCUUGUUGGAAUUUGCACGACUAUAUAUAUUAGUGUAUAGUAUGUCACACACGCACGUGUGAGGGUGGGAACGAGUCAUCGUUUUCAGGUAUAUACACUUACGCACGUCGAUUACCCUGGCAAGAAUAUCAAAUGUUCGAUCAUGUGUGAAAUUCGCGAGUCAAGCAGGACGUGAUUGUGCGAGCAUGUGCGAGUGAAGAUGUCGGCCGUUUGAACAAUCUGUGCCGGCCGUUCGAGAUUCGCGUUUUGCGAUAUGUCGCGUCGCAGAUAGGUGGAUAAAUAAAAGGUUUCCCGUUCUGCUCAGAGCUCGUUACCACACAUUGCAGGCGGGAGGGACCACAAUGUGAAAUGUCGAUGCUUCGUCGAGGUGUUUUUCGGUGCGAGUUGUAAUAUCGUUUAUCGUUCACGAUAACGCUUUGUCGCAAUAGCGAUCACUGCAACGUGUCUUUCGCGAUGCCGUUGCGAACAUAAUGAGAAGUAGGAUGUCACCGUUCCGCAGAAAAAAGUCGGGGAAGUCCUUUCCCGUGAAAGUCUGCACCUUGGACGCGGAGCUCGAGUUCAACCUGGAGUGGAGAUCGACAGGUAGAGAUCUGUUUGAUUUGGUGUGUCGCACAAUAGGAUUGAGAGAAACAUGGUACUUUGGACUACAGUAUGAGGAUGCAAAAGGUUUUAUCUCUUGGCUAAAACUGGACAAAAAAGUCCAGGAUCAGGGUAUUUCACAGCAACCAACCACACCCUUUAUGUUUUUGGCUAAAUUCUAUCCCGAGGAUGUAUCUGAAGAACUUGUGCAAGAAGUUACUCAACACUUAUUUUUCCUACAAGUAAAACAGGCCAUACUCUCCAUGGAUAUUUAUUGUCCACCUGAGGCUUCUGUAUUGCUAGCUUCUUAUGCUGUCCAAGCAAAGUACGGAGAUUAUGACGAAGUUUCAUAUCGGCCGGGAAUGUUGGCCAGCGAAGACCUGCUUCCACAAAGAGUGAUAGAUCAGUACCAAAUGACUCCUGAGAUGUGGGAGGACAGGAUAAAAAUUUGGUAUGCUGAUCAUCGCGGCAUGUCUAGGGAUGAAGCAGAAAUGGAAUACCUUAAAAUCGCUCAGGAUCUCGAUAUGUACGGCGUAAAUUAUUUUCCUAUUAGUAAUAAAAAGGAAACAGAUCUCUGGCUUGGAGUAACAGCCUUGGGAUUAAAUAUUUACGAAAAGGAGAACAAACUAGCCCCGAAGACUACGUUUACAUGGUCGGAGAUCCGUCAUAUCAGCUUCGACGACAAGAAAUUCGUAAUCAAACCCGUGGAGAAAACGUCACCGAAUUUCGUGUUCUUCUCGCAGAAAGUUCGCAUGAACAAACUGGUAAAGAAACAGUCAGAUGUUGGCGGCUGGGUGAAGGGGUUGAUAGCUUUAGGGUUGGACGAACAUAAUAGUGACAAAACUACUCACGUGUUAUUUGUUAAGAUCCUGGACCUGUGUAUUGGCAACCAUGAUCUAUUUAUGAGGAGGCGUAAACCGGACUCCAUGGAAGUUCAGCAGAUGAAAGCACAGGCCAAGGAAGAGAAACAAAGGAGGCAAGUGGAAAGAAGUAAACUAGCACGAGAGAAACAGUUAAGGGAAGCGGCUGAGAGAGAAAAAGCUGCAAUGGAACAGCGACUUUUGCAGUACCAGGAGGAGAUUCGACUUGCGAACGAAGCUCUUAGGAGAUCUGAAGAAACAGCAGAUCUUUUAGCUGAGAAAAGUCGCGUAGCUGAAGAAGAAGCGAUGCUUUUAAGCCAAAAAGCAUCAGAAGCCGAGCAAGAAAUCACUCGCAUACGGUUGAAUAACAUGAAGACUGAAGAAGAGAAGGUCCAUUUGGAACGAAAGACUAGAGAAGCUGAACUUUUAACGGAAAGACUGGUGCAAGAAUCGGAGCGUAGAGCUGCCGAGGCGGAAAAAUUGAAAGACGAAUUGUUACGCGCAAGAAUCGCUGAAAAAGAAGCCAAGGAAAAGCUGUUAGAGUUCCUCAGUAGAAACGCUUAUAGUGCUACUAUACCUCCUGUGUCGAACUUGUUUCCCUCGACGCAAGUUCUACCAUCGGACCUUCAAGCAGAUCUUCAGAAUAUUCAACUCGAUACGGAACCCCUACCUGAUCUGCGUUCCUAUGAUCUCAUUGCUGAAGGAGAUGUCGAUCAACUCUCGCUGGAAAUCGAGAAGGAAAGAGUUGAUUAUUGGGAGAAGAGCAAACAUCUACAGGAACAACUGCGGGAAUUACGUUCCGAAAUUGAAGUUAUGAAGGUCGGCGAGAAGCAGUGCGAGUUAGAUCAACUGCACGAAGAGCAGGUUCGACUCGGUGAGAACAAGUAUAGUACAUUGAAGAAAGUGAAAUCUGGCUCUACUAAAGCUAGAGUUGCCUUCUUUGAGGAAUUAUAAUACAAGUACGAUAUUUUUCCUUAAGAACUUCUUUAACACGGCAGUGUCGAUUAAAUGCUCCUCUUCUAUCCCCAUGCUGAGUAAAGCACUAGUAAAAUUCUCUCAAUUGAAUUUGAAAAUUAUAAGAAAAUGAUGUAUAGAUACGUACGUACGUAUACGUUAUAGAAUACUCAAACGUACGCUUUAUACAUGGAACGUUUCAUUGCUACCGAACGAGAUGUCUUAAGUUUUUUAGGAGAAUUAAUAUCUUUUGGCAGAAUUAAUAUCUUCUAAUAACAAACGUUUCAGAAAGUAGAUGAGGUAAUCUACUUUCUACAUAUUGGAAAUUAUAUUAUUGACGACAAAUCGAAUUCAUUUUGACCAAAUUUUAUCUUUCAAUUUUAGAUUUUAUGUAAAAUAUAAAUAUAAUACAUUUAACGUUGAUUAUUGAAUAAUCAACUAUGACUUUGUUGAAAAAUCUGCUAUUAAGAUUCAGUCCGGUACUGAUGAAGCAUUUUGUGUAUACACACAAUAUGUACAUUUCACAUUGUUAUAAGAUGCAGCAUGAUAGAUGAAUCUGCAUGCUAACAGUUAAAUGUGUGUAAUCAUUCGACUCGUCUAUGAGAAUGACACGAAGUAAAUCAAAAUAAAUAUGCUAUUUUCAUUCAGAUACGUAUCCGUUUUAAUAUGUAUAUGUAUUCUUAUAAAUUCGAGUGAAUAUUUUAUAUCUGAUAUUGUUUUCAGUAUGUUUCUCUAUCGUGCACGUUUAUCAAACAUGUUUAGUAAAUUAUAUUUGGCAAUAUGCCAAAAGAUAUAAAAUCUUCGAAGAGAAUUCUAUUUUUAUAGAGAUGUAGCAUGUUUUUCAAAUUGUUGCAAGCCUGGUUGCGUUCAGCAAAAUACAAUUGCUUCGUAAUCGCAUAGUGACUUUUCUACUUUUCUCUGCAACAUAUUUACUUUUAUUUUCCAAAGAAUUGAAAAUGCUCUGUGUAAUGCGUUUAAAUCUGUCGCCUAUCGAUAUACGUCUUGCGAUAAUUCAGUUUAGAAGAAUUCUCAUGUACACUUAAGAGAAUCGUAGAAUACGCAUUAUGACAAUGGAAAAAAUUAUUGGAAAAGUAUAUUUUUAUUUAUAUGUGCACAUAUAAGAGUUCCUUCGUAAAAUCUCUCUCACCUUAUUUCGUUCUCACGAGUUAAAUUAUAACAACAUUAUCUGUGAUUCAUCUUGCAUCAUCAUAAACUUGAGCAUCGAUAAUUCAUUUUCGUGCCUGUAAAUGUCGAAAAAAAUUAUAAAUUGUAAAAACUAUGAUUUAAACAAAUUUUAAACGCUCCCUGUGUAAUUUGGGUCGUGUUGUAUGGAUAUACGAAAUCGUUGGAUUGUAAACAAAAGUAACGUCGAUCAGUAUUGUAUGUGACAUAAGAGAAUGUGUACCUGUGAAUAUUAGAAUUUCGGACUAACUUUUUCGAUUUUUAGCUAUUAAUUGAUAUUUAAAAUUCACAUUGGACGUAUUUUCGUUAUCUUUAAUUUGAAGUUUAUAGAUAAAGAAAGUGAUAAUGUCUAUUGGCACUUUUUACGACGCACAAUAUUCUAGAUACAAUUAGCAGUUAAUACUGAUACUUGAUGCCCAAUGCAUGACUGUUUCCAGUAUGAUUACAUAUAUGUACAAUAACUGUAAAGUGACAUUGUGUCGUUAUUGAAACUAAAUAUUGGACCAUCAAUAAAAACGGUAAAUAUUUUUUA